AUGGUGCCUCAUCUCUACCUAGGUGUGAUAAGCUUGUCUGUUUUUGCAACAACUGUUGCUAAUGCAGGUAUUAGCCUGUGCAAAAAAAUCACAUGGAAGAUCGGUGCAGAUUUGGUGCCAAACGCAGCUCGUCUCUUCCUUGGAAACUUCAUGGCUUCUCGUUUCAAUGUUCUGCCCACUGGAGAGAGGGAAGUAAAGUUCAACUACCAGUUUGCUGACUGCAAAUUUCAAGGACUGAUAAAUCUGAAACGAAGAUUCCUCAUCAAUCAAAAUAAACUGAUUUACAGGCCAAAGUCAAAACCUGCAGCCUUUAUGUAUCUCAUCGAGUGUGUUUAUAAAAGGAAUGAGGAAGGGUGGGUUCCUGCAUUCCUAAACCCUGGAUCAGGUGUUUUUGAACGUCUGCGUUGGCUGGUAUUCCGCAAGGCACUCCUCAAUGAGCAAUUAACAGCCGUAGCAACGACAAAUGUUAUCCCUCUGGGCUCGUUCAUACCCAUAUGGGCCGCAGUGGACCACUUAUUCCAUCAGCCGUUGCUGCUGUUGAUGGAGGAAUGUGUGGCAGCCACCACAGCAGAGCUGCAGCCUAGCAGCAUGGUUUACCCCAUCAUUAACAAUAAGUGUUGGGAACUGCUAGAUGAUCCAUCUCAGAGCGGCCUCUGUAGCUACUGCGAUUCAACCUGCACGUAA